AUGCCACUUGUCGUCCAUCCCUCAAGUCGCUGUGACGUUUGCCUUGAUCCCUAUUCGACCUCCUCAGAUCUUGCUACUUCUCCGCAUACAAUUGAGUGUGGUCACAUCUUCUGUUUCGGGUGCCUUCACUCCUUAAACACAAAUACAUGUCCUCUCUGUCGCGAACCGUUCGAUCUAGAUGGUGUCAAGAGACUACAUAUCGGAAAUCCACUCGAACAAGAUAAUGCUGAACGAGACAAUGCCGAACAGGGUGUUGUUCCCAAUCGUGCUGAUUUUCUUCUUCGUCGGAUAUCUCUAGUCUCAGGCGAAGGUGUCCCCGAAGUCGAUGCCGAUGAAGUAGUCUCCGAAGUACAGGAAUGGCUACAGUCUCAACCGGGUGACCCAAAUUCUGUGAGUCUCUUUUCAUUCUGCAGGCGCAUCACAAACGCGAUGUAUACCUAUGCUUGCUGUCAGUACCUGACCCAAUUCUCAUCAAAUUUCUCAUAUGCGGCAUUUUUAGCAUAUACCACUUCGAGCCGCCUUAGACUCCCUCCAGCGAUAUAA